AUGAUGGCCGAGAAAGAGACCGGCGGAGCAAUUGAAAAGCCUGACCCGCCUAGCUCUACCUCUGAAGUUGAUACCCUGGCAGAACCUGUUGUCACCUUCAAGACAUGGAUUGUCUGUGGCAUUCUGUCUCUGGGAUAUGGCCUGUCUUUCUGGUCUAUUCCUGCGAUGUCGGCCAUCGGCACCCAGGUGUCUACUUCCUUUGGUGAACCCAAUUCCUAUGUUUGGUUUAUUCCGGCUUGGACAAUUUCUAUCACUUGCGCCUUUCUCAUUUUUGGACCUAUGACCGACUUGUUUGGUCGUCGGUGGUUCCUUGUCGGAGGAAACUUGAUCUGCUGUGUUGGUCAUAUUAUCGUGGCAUCCGCCAAAUCUUCAGACCAGGUCAUCAUCGGCCUCGCCGUCUCUGGGUUUGGAGCAGCGAACUGUCAGAUGGCUGCAUUCUCGCUGCCAGAACUCCUCCCUAACAAGUGGAGGCACAUCGGAGUUGUCAUCGCCGACAUAGCCGUGUUUGUAGCGGUGAUUGUGGCGCCUGUCACUGCCCGCUACGGAUUCGAAUUCGACACUUGGGAGUGGAACUUCUGGGCUCUGGCAAUCUUCCAAGGCCUUUCAUUCUUGGGGUUGCUGUGCUUGUAUUUCCCUCCUAACCACCCGAACGGAGUCUCAUACAUUGAUGCCUUUAAGUCGUUGGAUUACUUUGGUAAGUCUCUCCCCAAGUCACUCCCACCAGCAAUCUCCAACCCAUUCUCACGAACCCGAACAGGAGCCUUCCUCUUCAUAGGCGGGGCCGUCCCCUUCCUAGUGGCCAUCGUGUGGGCAGGCGUUUACGACUCCAACGACCCCCAUGUCGUCGCCCCCCUAGUUGUCGGCGUCGUGGUGCUAAUCUGCUUCGCCCUCUGGGAAACCUUCGCCAAUCUCAAGUACCCACUAACCCCAACCCACGUCUUUACCAGCUCCUAUGGAAGAGAUCUCAGCGCGCCGGCUGUGGCACUCGCAGUGGUAAACAUGUUCUACUACUCCUCGAGCAUCCUGUGGCCACAGAUGAUCACAGUGUUCUACACCGAUGGCGGCAAGGACUGGAAGUAUGCCGUGGUUCUCUCCUUGGCCCAGGGCUUCCCCAUCCCGUUCGGAGCAUUGCUGCUCUCCGUUCUAGGGAGUCGUCUACGCCACUGGAACUGGCAGCUCACUGGUUCAGUGUUUGUGAUGGUUCUGUUCGGGUCUUUGAUGGGCCUGGUUACGCCGACUAACAAGGGGACUAUGAUUGCGUUCCUGUUCCUGUCGCAGACGGCGUAUGGCUGGGCGAUUUAUCUUAGUAUUGCGAUUACGCAGAUGGGCGUUGAGCAGAAGAAUCUGGGAAUCAGUGGUGGGAUUUCGGGCUGUGUUCGCUUUGCGGCUGGUGCAGUCGCAACUACUAUCUAUCAAACUGUGUAUUCCACCACCCUGACCAAAUACACCGCGCGAUAUGUCCCUGCGGCAGCCACUGCAGCCGGUCUCCCUCUGACCAAAGUCACCGACUUGAUGACCCUGCUGGCCCAGCAGGACACGGCAAGCAUUAGCAAGAUGUUUGGUGCCGCUGUGGCAGCCGCGACGGCCGAGGCACAGGGUCAGGCCUACUGCAAGGCGAUCUUCACCGUCGCAAUGGUAUCCAUGGCCUUUGGAAUACUGGGCAUCGCGGCGUGUCUUUACUGCAAGGACGUCGACGACAAGAUGAACAACAAGAUUGAGGUAUACCUGGAGAACACUGAUCUUGCUGAGAGAAACGAAUAUCACUGA